AUGGAGAUGGUGCUUCUAUGUGGAAUUACCUCUAAUCGGAGCAACCUUCGUUAUCGUGGCUUUCUUCUUCAGCACCAACGCCAACCAGGACAGACAUCUAAAAUCGGCGAGAACCUCAAGCAAUUGGAUUUGCUCGGUAUGGCGUUCUUCGUCCCGUCCAUUACCUCGCUCAUGUUGGGCUUGCAACGGGGCGGCACCAAGUAUGGAUGGGUAGACAGACCUAUCGUUGCAGUUUUUUGCUUCUUCGCCGUACUUCUACUUCUGUCUGCCUGGCUUCAAUGCCGGAGACAAGACCGGGCGACGCUGCAACCUCGGAUCAUUUCUCGGCGGAACAUUAUAUUUGGCUUCCUGUUUAGCUGCUCCAAUAAUGCCGCAUUGUCUAUCAUCGAAUAUUAUAUGCCCAUCUAUUUCCAGACGGUGAGAGGUCUGACGGCGUCAAUGUCUGGAGUCAUGGUCCUCCCAUCAGUUGUCGCACUGAUCCUUUCUGUGGCCUCUUCCGGCGUGCUGACAUCCCUCAUCGGAUACUACAAUCCGUUCAUGCUAUUGACGAGCAUUGUCGCUCCACCUGCUGCUGGGCUGAUGCCUACCUUGGGAGUCGAUGCAAAAGUUGCCAGCCUCAUCUGUUAUCAAUAA